AGACACGGCUGGCGUCCCUACAAGAAAGGAAGAAAGGAAAGCAAAUGCGUAGCGCAGGCUACACGUUAAUCGCAAACGUCCGAAGGCUAAAACAAAAGCGUGUGAGCGCCGGAACCGGAGCACAAGUCUCGCCGGGAACACCGCAUGCACCGGCGUCGCUGUCUGUCUCCGUCUCCGAUCCGUCGUCCAUAGCCAUAGGCGAGCGCGAGGUGGGGUGACCCAGCACGCACGCCAACGCCAUUGCCGUUGCACUCGGAAUCUACAUCUGCUACUGCAGUGCAGCCAAACCUGCAGGGAAGGGCGACGGCACGCCACGCGCACUUUGGUCGUCGUCGUCGUCGUCGUCUCCGAUCAUCGCCUUGGACCUGCGUCUGCGUCCUUCUAGAAGACCAGACCACCAUGCUUUGUCACCGCGCGCGCGCGUUUUUCCAACCUCACCACCAUCCCUUCUUCCCGCCUACCUUCCCAAGACCCUACGCUACAUUAACAUACGGCAGCAGCUAGCACUAGCAGGUGAGUGAGUGAGUGACACUCAGCUCUCAGCUGCAGAGCAGAGGAACUCCCCUCACUCCACUGCUUCACUCUUCACUCUGCUAGCUGCCCUGCCUGGCUGCCGCCGAUGGACGCGAGCCACGGCAGCAGCAGCAGCAGCGCCAGCAUCUUCCCGAUGCCGCAGAUCCCGGCGCUGCUCUUCGCCCCGCCACCGGCGGCGGCAUUGCCAUCUUCUUCCCUCUCUCUUUCCUCCUAUUCCUCCUCCUCUUCCUUGCGCGGCCACGCGCCGUCCAUCACCAGCUUCCCCAUCCUCGUGCUCACGGUGCUCGGCAUCCUCGCCGCCUCCGUCAUCCUCCUCGCCUACUACGUCUUCGUCAUCCGCUGCUGCCUCACCUGGCACCGCGGCUCCUCCGGCGGCUCCUUCUCCUCGUCCGACGUCGCCGGCCUCAUCGUCUCCCGCCGCGGACGCCGGCCCCAGCGCACAACCGGCACCACCACCACCGCGCCCGCCGACGCCGACGCCGGCGCCGAGCCGCGCGGGCUCGAGGACGCCGCCAUCCGGGCGCUGCCGGCGUUCAGCUACAGGAAGACGCCCGCCAAUGCCGCGGAGUCGCAGUCCGCCGCCCCCGCCAGCGAGUGCGCGGUGUGCCUCGGCGAGUUCGAGGAGGGCGACAGGGUCAGGAUGCUGCCCGCCUGCCUCCACGUCUUCCACCUCGGCUGCGUCGACGCCUGGCUGCAGAGCAACGCAAGCUGCCCGCUCUGCAGGGCCAGUGCGGACGUCGCCGCCACCCUCUGCCGCCUGCCCCCGCUGCCGUCCGAGGAGGACGUGGUGGUGACCAUCCAGGUCGUCGUCCCCGGCGCCGAGGAAGACCAAGACGCCGUGGCACCUGCUGCCGAGGUCGAACCAGAAGGUACUGGUGAGAAGACGAAGAGCACCAUCAAUGUUCUUCCACCGAGGUCCAUGGACGGAGACGCAGUGGCUGCUGGCGGGGAGGUUCACCUGCAGAUUCAGAGCAUUUUGCAGAGGGACAGUCACUCCCGUACACAUGAUCAUGACAGCGUCAGCGGCGGCGGCCGAGUGUAGUGUAGGCGAUUGGAUCAGCAGUAUUCUUUCUUUGCUGAAAAACGUGAUUUCAACUGGGCUCGUGUGUGGAAGACUUCUCUUCUUUUCCACUUUUUACUAUAGCAAUAUAUGGUCCCAUCCCUGUUGAUAGAGAGUGAGUCAAGUUUUAUUUUUGAAAGGUGAAGUAUUUUCAUUACUUGCAAGCAUAGUAAAGCAAUGGGGCAAAAUAUUCCCCAUUGGAAGUAAACUUCCAUUAGCAAAGAAAGAAGAUCAACAAGAGGAAUGGACAAUCUUCUUGACAGGAGUAAAGACAACAACCUACCUGCUAAUGGAAGUUUACCAGU